CGAUGGUGGCGUCACGUGACCAGGGUCCGCCUGGAGCUGCGUUUCCGGUUAUUCAGUGCCAUGGCAGUGUCAUCUCAUCAAGAAUGGGUGCAGAAGGUAGCUGCAUUCCAUGCCAGUCCUUCAGAUUUUCUUGCAAGUACAACAGCUGAGAACUUUGUGCAAGACCUACUGAGAGUCCUUACAGAUGAGAAGAUGGGCGAAAAUAUAAAGGUGCAGAUUCUAGGCAUUCUUCAGGAGUUUCCAACUUUGUUGUUCAUCAACUCGCAGUCAGCAGAAAGGGCAGUGGAAUCUGUCUUCAUCAUCUAUUUGCAGCUGCCAUUUGUACUUAAGUCACUAAGUUUGAAAUGCCACCUACUGCUCUCAGUAACCACCAUAGUAAUUGCCACCGACCAUCUUAUUAGUGAUGAGAAGGUAUUGAAGAACUUGAUGCAACAGCUGCUUGAUGUGGUGUGUGACUCAAACGAUCACAAAAACGGUGUGAAUUUUAGGCCUCUCAGGGCCGUGGCGUGCGACUGCCUUCGAGAAUUUGAAACUUGCUAUCCAGGCCUCCUGUCGGGAAAACUGGAGCUUCUGUCUGCUCUCCAGAGGAAGGAGGUGACUCCUCUGCACCAAGCCUACACACUCCUGUACAGCCAUGUUUUGAAAAAUGCAAUUUGCGCAGUCUCACAGACACACAGUGCUUCUGAGGGUGCCAUCCGUGAGAUGUUGGACCGGAAUGAGGAUAUCAAGUGGAAGGUGAUGGAGGAACAGCAGGAUUUGGUGGCUGUCACUGUAACAACUAAUUUCUCGUUAAUGCCUUCUGCUGAUGAGACAAAAGAGUUGAAGUCUUGUGUGUCAUUACUGCUGGAAGAGUCCUUCCUCCUUACUCCAGUAUCUCAAGCUGUUUUGCUUCGAGAACUAGCCCAGGUUGUUCUUAUGGUGCGCUCACUUUCUCCAGCAAUUUUCAGGUCACAGAUAUUGCGCCUGUUUGGGACAAUGGAUAUAUCCUUGCUGCACACCAUGUUGCACAUGAAGGCAACCUUCACUGACAGCCUUUUCACUGCUGAGGAUGAGAACCUCCUUUUGAAGCGUCUAGUUGGCAUGGUCCAGCACCCACUGCUCAGCGUUCCCCUCAAGCUCUUCUACAUGGACUGUCUGCUCCACUUUCCUGAAAACCGUCCCAUUAACUCAAACCUGGAAGAGAAUCUUCCAGUUGCAUUCACCUCCAGGAUGGCGAAUUGCCUGUUCCCCACCCUGUUUAAUGACAGCAGAACGAUGCUGGCUCGUCUCAACCUAUUGAGUCUCAUGUGCCUUGAGAAUACUGAGGAAGAAAGAGGGGUCACUGAGAUCUUUGACUACCUGAUGUCUUUAUACAAACUGGUGGAUAUCAGUGGAAACAGGGAGAGGAUAGUAACAUUUUUCCAAGCUGUGUACAUAUUUGUGGGACAUUUCUAUUCUAAUGAAGAGUACAUGGCAGAGUUGACCAACCAUAUGGUCCAAUUGUAUGAAAAACAUUGCAGCUUAGCUCCAUACAUGAUAGAUCUUUUAAAUAGCACCCAAAACCUGCUGGAAGAUUCUAAAUGGCCUGUUUCUCUAGCAGGAGCCCUGCAGAAGAUGAUUGUGGAGCUCCCAUUGCAGCAGUUGACCCCUUCUAGUCUCAUGUGGCAUCUUAAAAUCCUGGCUAGAGUGGCCAAAGAAGGCACCAUACCGCAGAAGGCAACUGUUCAGUUCUUGCUGAGCGUCAUUCGGGCAUCUGACUUAUGUGGGAUGGGCGACUGGCGGAUGGGUAAUGCCAUCCUGUCCGUGUGCAGGAACACCUUGCAUUGCCAGAAUCUGGAGCCCAUCUUCAGGGACCUUGCAGACCUAUUGCAGCAUAUUCACCACUGGUUCCGAGAUAUCGACAUUCAGGAUCACGCUCACUUCUGUUAUGCGCUGCUCACCUGUCUCUCCAGUGAGAAGAUCGCAGGAAUUGUGGCGGUGGGAUCAGGCAACUGUAGUCGGACAAAGACGCGCUCACUUUCCCUGAUGUCGGAGAGUGCCAGUUCCUCUAUCUCCAUUCUUCCAAUUAAGUAUCCAAUACUGCAACUCAUUCCAGCUCCAGAAGUUGAUUCUCCCAUCAUCAGUCCUCCUGGAGAUGUUAGUGAACAGGAUCUUGAAGUAGAUUACUUGGAAAAAUACUUGGAUCAGUUUUGUGAUCCUGGAUUUGCUUCUACAAUUGUACUGAAGUUUCAUUUGAGAUUUGCAGAGGAAGUUGAUCCCCAUUUUCACAAACUCUUUACCAUACUUCUACACUUUGACUUGCGGAACUCCCACUAUGAGCCAUUGAGUGAUCUCCAUGUACCCUGUCUUCUCUUCAACAAAAAGCCUCAUGUUUUCUCCCUGGUGUUCAAGCCACGGUUACCUUUCCCUUUCACUUUACACACGAAUGCCAUCUUUACCACAGAGGACGGUGACACCUAUUGCAGUCAGCUCGAGCCAGUCGAUGUUGAUUUCUCGCAGCUGUUCCUGCCCCUUCCUGUGCCUCUCAGCUGGCCACCGGAUGUCAAGGCUAGCCUCUUCAAAAAGCUGUGGACGUCAUUGAUCCAAACUGAAUCCAGCCAGUCUGCUUUCAGUCGCUUCUGCUUUAAGACAGCCCAAAGACCUCUUUGUGAACUUGUACGCUUACACUUCCAGAAGUAUGUGGUCUCACAGCAUUUAAGCCCAGAAUCUUACAAAGUUUUUCUGUUCCUGCCCCCAAGCAUCAAUGUUUUGUUCCAACUGCAGCAAGUGGAUGAUAUUGUGAAGGUUGAUAUAGUCACAGAUAACUGGAAACUUUUACCAUUCAUUAAUUCUUACCUUGCGGACAUGACGUCUGAAAAAUAGCACCCAGGCUUGCUGCAAAACUGGUUAUCUGAUCCUCAGUACAGUGGAGCAUUGCAGUAAACUAUUUUUAGUGUUGUUCUGAGUGCAAAUAUUUUUAUUCAAAAUACAAAAAUGACUGCAAGAUUUUGCUACGUUUAAAGCUACCUGUCAAGCACUGUAGGCGAGACAUUUUCAAACAUAGAUUCAACAUUGUUGCAAAUCUGUUUUGCUUAUUACAAAAGAACAUGUAUAAAGGUCUAUCACUAAGGAUGGACUACCAAAAAUGCUGGAAAUCUUCUUUUUCAGACCAGAACUAUUCCUAUUUCAGUCCCUUAUCUGUUUUGUUAAUCCUAACUCAGGUAACAAUAGAGGGAAAGGCAAAUCAGCAAGUUCUGAGGGAACCUGUAUAAAGCCAGAAUUCAUACUAUGGGAAAAAAAAAGAGGAGACAGUUUGACGUAAACUUGACUCUUGUGCCUUUACUGAAGCAGCCAAACUGGAACGGUGAUAAUCUGUAUUAGUAGUGGUCAACUGUGUAGCCAUUCUGCCUGUGACUGUGCUUUAUCUAUUAUUUAUUUGUUUAUUCAUUCAAGGGAUGUGGGCUUCGCAGGCUGAGCCAGUAUUUAAUUGCCCAUCCUUAGUUGUCCUUGAGAAGGUGGUGAUGAGCUGCCUUUUUAACCUGCAGCAGUCCUUGAGGUGUGGGUGUACCCACAAUGCUGUUAGGGAGGGAGUUCCAGGAUUUUGACCCAGCAACCGUGAAGGAGCGGCGAUAUAUUUCCAAGUCACGAUGGUCAGUGGCCCGGAGGACAACUUCCAAAUGGUGAUAUUCCCAUGUUUUUGCUGCCCUUUGUCGUUCUAGAUGAUAGAGGUCGUGGGUUUGGAAGGUGCUAUCUCGGGAGUCUUGGUGAGUUGCUGCAGUGCCUCCUGUAGAGGGUACCUACUGCUGCUACUGCGGAGGAGUCGGCAGUGGAGUGAGUCAAUGGUUGUGGAUGGGGGGGCCUAUCAAGCGGGCUGCUAUGUCCUGUAUGGUGUUGAGCUUCUUGAGUGUUGUUGAAGCUGCACUCACCCAGGCAAGUGGACUAUCACACUCCUGACUGGAGCCCUGAAGAUGGAGGACAGGCUUUGGGGAGUUAGGAGGUGAGCUUCUCGCCACAGGAUUCCCUCUGACCUUUUCUAGUAGCCACAUUGUUUAUAUGGCUACUCCAGUUCACCAUUGGCCAAUGGUAACCCCAGGAUAUUGAUAGUGGAUGAUAGUAUUUACUGUUUACCCAUGCUGCACAUAUUUGCCAGCAGUUGUGUUGAGUGAAGUUUGCAGAUCAUUUGAAUCUUAUUAUUGCAAUAUUGUUAGAUGGAGUGUAGAGUGUAGCACGUAAAGAAAAAGGAGUCUUGCAUUUAUAUAACAUCUUUUUGACCUUAGGAAUGUCUCAGUGCACAGAAGGUAUUUCAAGAAGUGUUGUUACAGUUGUAAUAUUCUUAGGCAGUUUCUCGGAGUCAAGGAUGACGUGCUUCCACACCAGUUCUGUGGGUGCUAAUGAGGCCAGCGUGGGAUGUGAAGGCUGAGUCAUGGGUGGGCAGGAGAUGCUUGUUGGGGUGGGCAGGUAGUGUGGGAGGUGGUGCGCUCCUACCCUUGUGUUUCUCUGCUCUUCAGAAUAUUCCCAGUAAAGACCCUCAGAAUCGUAGAAAUCAUUUAUGAGAUAGAAGGAGGCUGUUCAGCCCACUGCAUGUGUGCUGGUCAAAAAAGAGCUCUUCAACCUAAUCCCACCUCCUAGCACUGGGUCUGUGGCUGUGUAGGUAACACCUUUUCAAGUACACAUACAAAUACUUUUUAACUGUGCUGUGGGUUUCUGCCUCUACUGUUGCUUCCAGGUGGAGUUCCAGACUCCUACCACCCUCUGAGUGAAAAUUCUCAGAAUCAGAUUUACCUCAGAAUCAGAUUUAAUAUCACUGACAUAUGACAAAAUGUUUUGUUUUGCGGCAGCAGUACAGUGCAAAGACAUAAAAAUUACUAUAAAUUACAAAAUAAAUUAAUAGUGCAAAAAAAUGAAUAAUGAGGUAGUGUUUAUGGGUUCACGGACUGUUUAGAGAUCUGGUGGCAGAGGGGAAGAAGCUGUUUCUGAAUUGUUGAGUGUGGGUCUUCGGGUUCCUGUACCUCCUCCCUGAUGGUAAUAACGUGAAGAGGGCAUGUCCCGGAUGGUGGGGGUCCUUAAUGAUGGAUGCCACCUUCUUGAGGCACCGCCUCUUGAAGAUGUCCUCGAUGGUGGGGAGGGUUGUGCCUGUGAUGGAGCUGGCUGAGUCCAUAACCCACUGCAGCCUCUUGCGAUCCUGUGCUUUGGAGCCUCCAUACCAGGCUGUGAUGCAACCAGUCAGAAUGCUCUCCACCGUACAUCUAUAGAAAUUUGCAAGAGUUUUUGGUGACAUACUAAAUCUCCUCAAACUCCUAACUAAAUAGAGCCGCUGGCGUGCCUUCUUUGUGAUUGCAUCAAUGUGUUGGGCCCAGGACAGAUCUUCCGAGAUGUUGACAGCCAGGAACUUAAAGCUGCUCACCCUUACCACUGCUGACCCCUCAAUGAGGACUGGUGCGUGUUCUCCCGACUUCCCCUUCCUGAAGUCCCAAAUUUUCAGUCAUAAAACACCCUUUAACCAAUACCCCCUACUUCCUGUCAUGGGACCGAUUUUGGAUCCAAUUUGCCACCCCCCACUCUCCCUUGCAUUCUGUGGGUUGUUAUUUCUAUGACCAGUCUGCCAUGUCAGGCUUAGACAAAAGUCUUGCUGACAUCAAUGCAUGCCAGAACAAAAGCACAGACCUCAUUGUCCAUUCAUGUUAGCUCAAAGAAUUCCACCAAGUUAAUCAGACACGACCUUCAAUUAACAAAUCCUUACUGAUUAAUCUGUACUUUCCCAAAAGAAGGUUUACGUUGUCACUUAAGAUGGCUUUCAAUAAUUUUCCCAUCACCAGAGUUAAGCUAACUGCACUGUAAUUCUUUUUUAAUCAAUGGCACAACACUCACAAUCGUCCAUCUCCUUCCAUAUUGCCCAGGAAGAGUCAAGUCGCGUUUACUGUCACAUGCACAAGUACGGUGAGGUAAAGGUACAAUGAAAAACUUGCUUGCAGCAGCAUCGCAGACAUGUCAAUUCGGAAACAACACACAGAACAUAAGUUCUACAUAAAUUAUACGAGAGAGUGAAGAAAAAGAAUGUGCAAAACAUUAGUGCAAAAACAUAAUUAGAAUUUUGAUUGAAACUAUUUCCUCCCUUGCUUCUUUUAGGAACCUUGGGAUGUACUUCACCGAACCCAGCGACUUAUCCAUCCUCAAAGAUGAUAAACUCCAUAGUACUGUUUCCCCAAUCGAUAUUUCACUUUCACGUGCCCUAGCGAGGUUGGCAUAAACCCCCCCCCCCCCCCCCCCUAUUUUGAAGAUAGUUGCAAAUUAUUCAUUAAGUACCUUACCCAUGUCCUCUUCACUGAUGUUAUCCUUUUGAUCUCUAACAUCUUUGGAGUUUCUUUGAUUUUACUAGCCAAUAUUUUUUCAUACUGUCUCUGCUUUCUUAAGUUCUCUUUCCAUUUCAUCUCUCCACUUCCUGUACUCUUCCAGCCUUUCUGAAAUAUUAAGUUCCAGGUGUCUAACAUAAGUUUCAGUGUGCUUUCCUUAUCCUACCCCCUGAGCACCUUGUCAACCAGUGGCACUAGAUUUGGUAGUCCCAUCCUUUUUCUGUGGGAACGUAUAUAUCCUGAACCCCUUGAAUCUUCAUCUUAAAUGCCUUCCAUUGCUUCGGCAAUGAUUUCCUUCCAGUACCACUUCUGCUAAAUCAUCUCUCUGUCUCUGUAAAAUUGGGCUCAUCCCAAGUUAGAACCUUUACUCCUAUUUUAUCUUUGCUUUCCACAGCCUCGUUAAGUCGAUUCGAUUGUGAUCACUGCCACAUAAUUACUCUACUACUUCACUUGCCCAGCUACACUUUCCAAAAGUAAACCUAGAAUUGCUCCCUCCUUUUUCUGGCCUUCUACAAAAGGGCUGUAAGGUCCUCCUGAAUGUAAUUUAUGCACUUUACACUGAUUGUAUCUCAGUUGGUAUGAGGAUAGUUGAAAUCUCCCACUUUUACUACCCUAGUGCUUUUGCACAAGUGAGCAAUUUUCUUACUAAUUGGCUCCUCCAACUGUGUAGUUGCCCUGUUUUGUUGAUUAUUUCAACCUAUUUAGCCUCAUUUUAUAAGAAUCUCAGAGCAUCCAGCAUUCCUCAUUCAUUUUGAUCAAUCGUGAGCCAGCAUUCUGCAAAUCAGUGAGGAUUUUUUUCUCGGAGGCGUUGAGAUCCUUGCGGGCAUUUCUGUCCUCUUGGUAAUCUGUUGCCAUGAGGGAUCUCAGAGUACUGUGCUUAUUUUGAGUGUCUGGUGUUGGGCAAGCCAAAUGAUACGAUCUGCCCAUUGGGGCUGGCUGAGAGUAAUUAGAGUCUUGAAGCUGGAGGUGUUGUCCUGGGAGAGGACACUGUCGUUUGUUCACUUAUCCUGCCAGUGGAUUCUGAAGAUAAGAGGGAAGGGAUCUCUCCCCAGUAGAUCAUGAGUUUCAGGCUAGACUGGAGAUCUUGAUCUUUGAGCAUUCUUUUUCUGGAACAGAUGGUAUCCCUACUGAAGUUCGAAAACUUGGCACAGAAGAGCCUCUGACACAAAUUCAGAAGGCCAAAGGCUGUGCUGGCACACUGGAAGCAGUGGUGAAUUUCAUAAUAUCUGCCUUCACUGAGAGAUGGCUCCCAAGGUAUGGAAGACGAACCAUGUUUUCCAGAGUUUUGUCUGGAUCUUUCUUGUCAGGUAGGAAGAAUUAUGCAGUGGGAGUAGACUGGUAGGGAACCUUUUUUGUUUUGCGUAUGUUUUAUGUAAUGCCCAUUGUCUUGUAUGCUUAAGCAAUGACUUGAAACCUGGUCUGAGAAUAUCAUCUGUAUCAUCUGCAGCUCAAUGACUGAAGCUGCAGUGAUCUUAGAUCUGGAAUGGGGGUAAUGGAGGUUGAACAGGUUUCCAUUCAUCCAGCAGAUGAGCUCUGCUCUAGUGGGAAGAGGUGAAAUGCAGUAUUCAGCGAGCAAGUUUAAGAGGUUUGGAGUGAUGAUGUAACCUUGCUUGACCCCAGUUUGCCCUGGGACGUUGUUGUAAAUCUAUUGUUUAGAUUCAUGAAGUGUAUGCAGUGGAUGAAGAACAGAGACAAACCUUUGAGGACAACCAGAUUUUUCUUAGCAUUGUCAUGCAGUGUAAUUCAUGUCCUUCGGGUCUCUUGAUGGAUCAAAUUCACUCUAUGAUUUGGGAAACAGUUCUUCAGCUGCUGAGAGGAGGCAGUUGAGGAGGACCUUUUCAAUGACAUGCCUGAUGGCAGGGAACCCCAUCUCUAGUUGCCACAGUCUGAUUUUGUCACCUUACUUGAAUGUGUUGACAUCUUAGAAGUCUCUGGUACAUUCUCCUCUUCCCAAAUGAAGGAGGAGGCUCUGAAUUUGUGUCUGUGCCAAGUUUUAGAACUUCAGGAGGGGCACCACCUGUUGUAGAGGCCUUGUCUUUCUGUCAGCAAAUGGUCUUUUCAACCUCUCGUUGGUCCGGCGUAGGAGAAGGAGACUGAACGAGAGAGUGUAAUGUAAGAUGGCGGGAAGGACACUCCCAUCAUGGUCAAAGUCUCAGUUGUUGUAACGUAGGGAAUGCUGCACCCAAUUCGCACAUAACUAGUUCCCACGAGUAGCAAUGUAAAAAUGACAAGAUAAUCUGUUUUUGUGAUGUUGAGAUAUGAAUAAUUGUCCAGUAGAAUUUACUUGCUCUUCCAGAAGUGAAUCAAAGUAUUUUGUAUCCACCUGAUUGAUCAGAAAAGCAGUGUGUGUCUCAUUUGGAAGAUCCAGCCUCCAACUCCCUCAGUUCCACAUUAGUGCAUCAGCCUAGAUUUGGUGCUUGUAUCGCUUAAACUGAUAACCUUCAGAUUGGUGUGAGUGCUACCAUCAAACCAAGACUGCCACCUGUUUAUUAAUGUGAUACAGGGACAUUCGUUCACCUUAUAGUGACCCCAAAUCCAUGCAAUUCUCUGAGUGUGACUGUAUGCUCCGGAACCACAUGUGGUUCCCUAUCUUUCCUGCAUCUAGUCCAAGCAUCCACAAGUGCAAUUGUUGCUAACAUGGGCACCUGGUCUGGCAGCAGGUGCUCAGUGUAAAUGUAACAGUGUCUAAUGGCUCAGAAUGAGCUUCACUCCUCAUAGACUGGAUAUCAAGUCACAC